CUUCACCAGGGAACCUUGAACACGCCUCCGUGUGGUCAAACUCCUCAAUUAUUCCUCCCUAUUGACCACCCGGCGAUUUCUCAAGACCGCAACAAUCCCCGUCUGCCUUCCGCUCAAAAACGCGAAUAGUCGACAGCAUCUAUAGCUUGGCGGUUAAGCUUUCGAGCUUUGGUCUUCCCGAGCACCUUCUGAGACGCGUCUGUUCAUGUCAAGCUUGGGCCUCGACAGUCGCCUCGCCACAACCUCGAACUCACGUUUUUCUCGAUUUCGCGACUUGACACGGUUCUGCCAAUUGGACAUUCGGAGGCUCCCGUGAACACGGCAACUCCGUUCUUCGACCUACGCCGCCGACAUCGAGACUCAACGAGCAGGUCCCGAUACCGCGAACCCUGGUCUGGCACCUCCGGCCCACCGCGUCUGCACCGCUACCAACCCCUUCCACCACCGCGUCGCCAGAGACUACGAUCCCAAGAAGACUGCACAGCUGUCCACCACGGUCAAAUUUCGGAAGUUGGAGAAGAUAUAGCAUUUGUGUCUCUCCCGACGAACUCUUGAGAAGUCCAAUUGACCGGUAGCUCUGCCCUACCUUACCCAGCUGAGCCGAGUUAAGCAAGGGCUUGUAGGUCCAGACGCCACCAUACGUCUGAGGCGCUAUACAUCUGGACUUCACAGCAAGCAAAUCUCUACAGCCGGCAUCCGAAAAUCAAGUUGUUCUAUCUCUCGCACCAAAUAUAUGUUGACGGAGUCUGGCGCCCGAGUCGCAUUAUUGUCAGACGCGCCUCGGCCAUCAGCAUCAUAAUACCAGUGUCGAAUUGUCGGAACUCCACUCCGGAAAGUCCAAUGUGCCAACUCUAGGACGCCUUCAGUAUGCCUACCACCCAGGUCACCCCGACAGAGGAUGUUCUUCUGCAAGGGAUCGCCGAUUCUCUUUUUAAAGCACGAAAGGUUGUGGUCAUUACUGGCGCAGGCAUCAGUACCAAUUCGGGCAUUCCUGACUUCCGAAGCGAAAAUGGACUUUACUCCCUGAUUCAAGCCCAGUUCGAUGCCGCAAAUCGUGUGGACGUGGUCGAGCCGAGGAAUUUUGAAUCAGCUGAUGCCGGGCGCGAGGAACGGGAACCGCCUACAAAACGGAGGAGACUUUCGUUCGAGGAUUCUGGCAUUUGCCUGAGCGACGACUCGCAAAACUCAACCCAAGUUCAGGGAAGCAAUCAUGCAUCCGCUUCGCAGAGAUCCGACUCGAAUACGGCGAGGUCUACGGGGCCCAUCACUAGGGCGAGGUCGAGGGAAUCAACUGUCGAUGCUAGGAGUGCUAGUACCGAUGAUGCGCCCGUUUCGGGUGGCAGGCCUACCUUGAGCAAUUCUUCAAGGGAGAGUGCAAGAGCUCAGUCUUCGCCACCAGACGAAAGCCCUCGGAAAGACCUGGCCGUCAGAGGACACCUAGGCUCGAUGGAAGCACACCAAACACCCAGCGACAGAGCUGCCCGCAGCUAUCUUCAGAGGAGGGGACGAUCUGCAAGCCCGUGUGCCCAGCGAGCCAACGCUUAUCAGGCGAGCUCCGCUGAGAUGCGCAAGAGGUCUUUGUUGACUUCUACCAUUGCCUCUGUGCAGGGAUCGGGGAGCAUCGAAGCCGUCAGCUCGACUUCAAUUCCGACUCUGCCGAGGACGACGUUCUCCAAGGACGGUGAGCAGCUGGAGGAGAGGAGUACGAUUCACGUUACGCCAAAAACCUCGAGGUUCUUCUUUAGCUCCUCACCUCUAUCAUCGCCACCUAGUGCAUUUCCGCAAACGCCUAGUUUCUUAAGAGACGCGAGCCGCUUCACACGAUCGAGUCUACGACAGCAGCCAAUGGGUUUUAGUUCCUCGCCAUUGUCGUCGCCUCCGCCAGUUUUGUUCGACCCCUUUGAAGAGCCUUCAUCGUCAACUAGUCGGCAGACGUCGAGUGCGGCUAGCAGCACCGCAUCUUCUGAAACCGACGAAACGCUACCGUCCUCACAGCCUAGCAAGUCGACUUUGCCCAACAUCAAAGGCAGGGAUCUAUUUGAUGCCUCUAUAUGGGCGGAUCCCUUGAGGACAUCAGUAUUCUAUACGUUCGCUACAACACUUCGAGAGAAGGUGAAGGACGUCGUGCCAACGGAAUCUCAUCACUUUAUCGGCCAUUUACGCAAUCGGGGGAAACUAGUCCGAUGCUAUACGCAAAACAUCGAUCAGAUUGAGGAGAAGGUUGGGCUUUCCACCUCGCUCCAGGACGGACCGGGGCAUCGGGGUCGCUUCUCGAGGAAAUCUGUCGGGGCCGUCUUGGCUACGGCAGCAACGGGAGGUUCCGCAGAGUCUAUCUCCGCAACACCAGAAACGAGUGAUUCGAAAGAUUUGGGGGAAUCAAAAGUGCCCGAUGGGGUCGGAGUCACGGAUUCGGCUGAAGCAACUCCGUCGGCCGAGCUACAGGUCCAACAACAGGCUGACAAGAGGUCCAAUGGCGUGGAAUGCGUUUUCUUGCACGGGUCACUGGAGUCUCUUCGGUGUUUUCUCUGCGGGAAGAUUUGCGACUGGGAUGAAGCCGACAGAUCACACGAGACACUCUCCGGGCGACAGCCCGAGUGCCCGUAUUGUGCCGGAGCAACGGCGGCACGGCAAGAGAGGGGCAAGAGAGCGUUAGGCGUGGGCAAGCUGAGACCAGAUAUCGUACUCUACGGCGAAGAGCACCCGAACGCCCACCUCAUUUCACCCAUCGUUACCCAUGACUUAGGAUUAUCCCCGGACCUGCUCCUCAUUCUCGGCACGUCACUGAAAGUUCAUGGCCUGAAGAUCCUUGUCAGGGAGUUCGCCAAGACCAUCCAUAGCAGGGGCGGCAAAGUCGUCUUUGUCAACUUUACGAAGCCUCCGGAGAGUUCAUGGGGGGAUAUUAUCGACUACUGGGUGCAGUGGGACUGCGAUGCAUGGGUUGCCAACCUGAAGGAGAGAGUGCCCUUGCUUUGGCUGCCGCCUGGCACCAAGUUGCCAAAGAAAAAGAAGGAGAGCAGUGAAAAGACGAAGAAACGCCAGAGCUCUACGGAAGAGAAGCCGAAGACGGAGGCAGUGAAACCAUCAGCAAAGCCACAAGCUAAACCGUCUACCGAUUCAGCCCCAGGUUUGCCGGCAGAGUUGUCGCACGACUCUCGACCAGUGACGACAGCGAGGCCAGAGAAGGCUUGUAAAGCUCCGAAGCUUGACAAGGUAGUGAAGACCGAGCCUCUCACGAUGCCGCUGGAGGUUGCUGCUCCUCCCAAGUCUACACCCCAGAGGCCAAUGGCAGUCCGUGAUGACAGAACGAGCGCUGCUUGGGUGACAUGGAAGGUGAUGGCUGAACUUCGCCGCAUCGUCGGCAGCAUUACCCCGACGCCAUCGACAUCCCCUAAGGCCCUACGUGUUGAAAAGCCAAAGACGAGGAGAUUGAGAAAGUCAGCACCGGCUGGUCUGUCACGGCCGGCUCCUGUUCUUCCAGACCAAACAAAAAAGACCCUCGAGCUAAGACCAAUGAUGGUACAGGUCGAGCAGGAGACUGUCCAGAUAGACUUGGCCCAAAACGAGGGUGCCGGUGCACAAAUGGUCAUGCCAGACGCAGUGGAAAGCUCAAUCUUUGCCGCUGUCAAACUCAAUCCUCGGAUGCGGAAGCGGAAGACGAUUGAUGGCGAGGAGAUUUUCGUGCCCGGUAUGCCACGGCCAGUCGCUGCCAAAGCACUCCCACAACCGACUCCACGAAAGAUCAAGGCACCACACGCCAAAGAGAGGCCGGUCAUUGUGUCGCCCAAGAUUCUCUCCGACAUUCAGCGUCCGUCCAUGGACUCGCUCAGGUUGCCACCACUUCAAACAACCAAGGCGCCCGCCGCCACGCCAUCGAAGCCUCAACCAUUGGAGCCUCUUAGCUCCCCUGCAGGUCCCCUCUCAGCCAUCUCGUCCAACACGCAGACUCGGGUCGACACACGCAUGGCGAACCCUUUCUUUCUGUCAGAUCCCCUCUUGUUACGACUCAUCCAGGCCCCGGAAUGGACCCCUCCUCAAAGCCAUGGUUUCAAGCCUACCAAGGCCGAAAGAAAAUCCAACAAGGAUGCAGACGCCGCCAUGGCGUUGCAGGAUCUCAAGCAAGGAUAAGUGUCUGGGUCACUGCAGCAAACACACUCUCCGAUACGGAGAGAGCAUUACAUAUAGUUUAUGGAUAGAGGAAGCGCUGAAUUAUACCCCCGCGGUGGACUGUAUUCCGUAUACCGCACUCCAAAAUCGAGGUGCAAUUAAUAUUUACGGUUCGUGACUCUUCACAGACAUUCUUGACUCGUCCGCAUCCGUACCCUUUCACAACCCGUGACGGACGAUCUCGCAAGACUCUAGACCGAGGGUCUUGACGCUACGCCCAGUCCAGGGCCCUGCAGUAGGGCAUCCAUCGUCUGCAUUGCGAACAGAGCUUUGCGUGCGAUCUGGCGUGCCGUUGUUCGAGAAGGCUAGUCCCAAGUCAGGACGCUGCACAUGCCCAAGCGCAGAAAAAAAACAUCCAAGCCUAGCGGGCGAGUCAGGUCUUGUUUUUUUUUGUUGUUGUCUGGGCCCUUGAUCUUCUCUGGGAACAAGAAAAGUGUUUCUUCCAGAGCUUGGUGCCAGUGUCGCAGGUCCACGUGGGGGAGCUCAUGAGGCUGGGCGUCGGCUCCAUACUAGGUACGUGUCGUUGAACAUUGCAUGUCACUUGGUUGUCACUCUCUUGUCAGAGAUAACACAACUGGCUGCCAACUGCAAGUUGUUGAAGAAUGGCGCGCUAAUAUGGGGUCUAGGCUGUC